GAGCGCUGGAAGCAGAAGGAGACUAAAGAGUCCAAGAAGAGUAUGUCGGAAUCGAGUGAAGGCAGCGAGCGGGAAUACAAACAAGGUGGAAGGAAAGGCAAAGGGAAGUCGGGAGGCAGCACCGAAGAUGGCGAACAGAAUCUAAAAAACUGGCUUGCCAACAACUUCGGGUCGUCACUCAAGCGGAUUUUGGAUAAGCUAGACAGUGUGGAAAAAUUGAAGGAGGUUGAAACAGAAAGGGAUAGAUUGGCGAAACUCGUUCUGGAACUAGAGGCGGCCAAGAAGGGCGAAUCCAGCAACAACGAGAAGAGGAAACGAAUAUUGGCCGUGAACUCGCCUACUGCCGAAAGACCAAAAUCAAGAUCAAGAUCAAGGAGUGGUGAGGUGAAGAUUCACCAACCACGAAUUGACGUGGAGGAGGCGAAGAAAGUGGCGAUGAAUGAAACGGGGAGCGUGCAAACGAAGGUUGAGCCGAUAAUUGCGCAGGUGAAUGAAAUUCAGCUUGACGAUAUAAUGAAGAUGCUAUCGCUGAUAGUGGGGAAGGUGCAAGGCAACAACGAAGAUACUGGCCCCCAACAAGGAGCAGGGAAAGUUAAUCUGGUCAUCAAUGAGACAGACGUGGAUGAGGAAGAGAGCGAAGAGUCGGGUUCUGAGAAGGACAAGCUGCAGCUCAACCGAGGCAACUGUAGCAAGAAGGAUAAGACGGAGGUGGGAAUCGUUGAGUAUAUGAGGCAGCGGGCAAGGGGGGGUAGGACAGAUGAUGGGGAGAGUGGGUCAGGAACGAAAAGAGUUAGGGAUGAAACGGGAGAGAAGGUCAGAGAAAAUGGGAAUAAGGAGGCGAAGGACAGCGACGAGAAUCAAGGGGGAAAUCCGAGCCCUGGUAAAACAGUGGAGAAGGAGUUGAAAGGGGGAAAGCCAAUGGAACUUGACAGGUCGGAAGACGAGGCGGAAGAGGAGAAGGACCCUCAAGAUAAGAAAGGGAAAAAUGCAGAUUUGGAAAGGUCAGAGGAAGAGAGUAUGGGCUACUCUGACAGUGAAGCCUCGGACUCGUCUCCCUCAAACAUGGAUGAAGAGGGUUCGGAACCUGAAGGAUCUGACGCAGAGCUAGGCGUGGAUGAAUUAAUGGAAGAACAAGGAGAGGUGGAGGACAACCUGGAGAAGACAGGGAAUAACCCCUCUGAGGUGGAACUGGAGGACCUGCAAGGGAAGGGGUCAGUUCCCCUGUCGAUCUACAAGUUUGAUACCACAUACAUAAGCAAAACCUAUGGGAGGGAAGACACACCGGUCAGGAAAAGUAUUUACAUAAGCCUUAGUUAUGAUAAGUUGAGACACAGUGCCACGUCAGACACAGUGCCACGUCAGCAGUGCCACAUCAGCAACAUGACGGGCCUGCCAGGCCAACUGGCCAAUGAGCCCAUUGCAGACUACAAAAAGCGCUUCCAGGCUCAGCUCGCUGCAAUCGAGGCUGAGGAACAACGCCAGCUGGCAGCCAAGGCUGCCCAGCUACAGGCUGAAGAAGCGGCAACAGCAGAGAAGCUGCGGCUACAGGCCGAAGCAGAUGCAGAUGCCCAGGCUCGCCGCAAGGAAGCCCAGGAUCUGUUGUUGCGGCAUGAAGCCAACAGCAUCGAGAGACUCAAGUACUGGCAUUUUGAACCGAACGGCGACGAGGCAACACCAGAAGAGCAGCAUAAGGAGCUCAUGGCCAAGCUCGUGACCAGGCUGGUUUACACUUGUAACCACCUACAGUCCGAGCUGGCAAACCUCCAGCGGGCUGUGCGGAACCAUAAGACUCAGCACGAGGAUGCCACACGGGCACUGGACGCCCAUGUACACGACUUGGAACAAGUUCCACCAAAACCAGACGUUGGGGCUUCCAGCACUGCAUCCUCUAGCCGCCAACUUGAGGAACGCGUUGACCACGUAGUGGCAAUGCUCGGCAACAUCAGCACCUUCGUUGCGCCAACCACCAUCAGCAGUCAGUUGCAUACCUUGAAAACCGAGUUCCAGCAGCUAAAGUCGACGAACGCGGAUGGCAAUCCGAAGUUGAUUCUGCCCAUCGCCAAGCACGCGUACAUCGGCGCCCUGUUCAUGAACUCAAAGGGCGGAUGCCAGACCUGGUUGACCCACCUGGCAACCUCCCAUGGCGUCGACGUACCGGACUUGAAGGACAACAUCACAUGGGAGCAACUGACACGGCUGUGGAAGAAGCGGCUCAUCGUCGACGACGCGCCAGCACUCGCCAUCAACCGUCUGUUCACCAUGUCACAGGGCAACACCGCAACACGGGAUUGGCUCACGGAGUGGCAGAAGAUUGCGGCAGUGCCCAACCUGGACUUGAUAUUCAUGCAUUUACGUCGUGAGUUCUACAACAGGUCCUGUGCUGAUCGCGAGCAGUACUCAACCUUCGCUGAGAUCAUUGACAAGGCGAGGGAAAUCAUCAAGACCAACAGUUCCGCGGAAGGUGAGGCGACUCCACCUUCUACUCCGCCAGAUUCGGCCGCCUUGCUAGCGGCCUCCUGCACAUCUGGGGAGGAUGCGAAUGUCGCAGGUUCUCGUUACAUUUACGAGGACUAUGCUGUCCACUUGGUUCCACCGCUGGACCAACCGCUCCACGUGCAACAAUCUACCGCAUGCACGGUUUCAUCACCAUCGGCAACCGAUUCGGCAGCUUCGCCGCCAUUUAUCGUCGGGGAUUCAUCAUCGUGGUCAAGACUUGAGGUGCUCGACCCACUGACGUUCACGAACUUCCAGUGGAUGCCCGUUCCCCCGACCGGACGAUUGCCGAAACCGCAUUGCAACGUGCUCAUGGCACCAUUGUGGGAUUACUUGCACACUGCAGUACCGACUCCGUUGAUGGACGCCGGAGUAGAGGUUGUCGACCUUCACGUCUACAUUGCGAAGAUCGACCGCGAGUUCAAGACGCAACGGUAUGACGACAUCGACGCACCAUUGCUAUAUGUACGCAUUCAGAUCAGAGAAGCGACCUGCAGCGCUUUGAUCGAUUGCGGAGCAUCUCGCAACUACAUCAGUCAGGACUUCAUGGUGCGCGCCGGCCUUGGCCCACGCGUCCGGAGGAAGCCCCAGCCUACUCAAGUCACAUUGGCGGACGGUCACACGCACAAGUCAAUCGACCGGUGCAUUGACAGCGUCCCAGUGUACUUUGCCCCUCACGCAAGUGAGGCGGUGUCCUUUGACAUUUUGGACACCAAAUUCAACAUAAUUUUGGGCAUGUCAUGGCUGCGAAGCAAGGAUCACCCGGUGAACUUCUUCAACCGCACCGUUCACGUUCGUGACCGGAACGGAGUAUUAGUUCCAUGCACUGUGCCUCUUCCUCAUCCUUCGAUCAGCUGCCACGUGGUAUCCGCCGCAAGCAUUCUAGCUUCCAUCAUCAGAGACGACAUCGAGGAGAUGGGGACGAUCAGAAACGCCGGCCCUCUCCCACGCAUCGACGAUCUUCUCGAGCGACUGGGCGGCGCCAAGUUCUUCUCCAAGCUCGAUCUCAAGUCAGAAUAUCACCAACUCGAGAUUCGCAAGGAGGAUCGCUACAAGACUACGUUUAAGACGCGAUAUGGGCAUUUCGAAUGGCUGGUUAUGCCAUUUGGCCUUACGAAUGUCCCGGCCACUUUGCAAGCGGCUAUGACAACGGAGUUCCGACACAUGUUAUAUCGAUACGUACUUAUCUACCUCGACGACAUCCUGGUGUAUAGCCGGAGUUUGGAGGAGCAUGUGGAACACCUGCGCACCGUUUUGGAGCGGCUACGACAAGCCAAGUACAAAGCCAACCGCGAUAAAUGCGAAUUUGCGCGGCAGGAGCUGGAGUACUUGGGACAUUAUGUGACGCCGCAAGGCAUCCGUCCGCUUGCGGACAAGAUCGAGGCCCUACAAGUAUGGCCCGAUCCCACCAACACCACGGACGUGCGUUCAUUCAUGGGAUUGGCGGGCUACUAUCAGCGAUUCAUCACCGGAUACUCCAGGAUUGCUGCACCUAUGACGAGGUUACAGUCGCCAAAGGUGCCAUUCGUAUUCGAUAACGACCCACGCCGGUCAUUCCAAGCACUUAAGACGGCUAUGCUCAUGGCACCCGUCCUUAGCAUCUAUGACCCCACCCUGCCGACGAGAGUGACUACGGAUGCUUCCGGCUAUGGCAUUGGGGCAGUCUUGGAACAGCACAAUAGCGACGACUGACACCCUGUGGAGUAUUUCAGCCACAAAGUG